AAGUGUUCGAGGAUAGACACAAGCCACAAAAAACGAUAUUGUUUGAUGUGCUUUUCUUUUAUUUAUUGUAACAUUAUUGGUUUUUGCUUCACUAAACAUUUAUGAAAGCUUAACAGAAAAAGCAGAGCAACAAAUCUUGAUUUCAAUGUGUAAAUUAAACCGAUAGUGUUGUUGAAGUGAAAAGCAAACAUAUCCAGACAUUCACAAACUACACCUUAAGAUAUGUGGGCAUAACUAAAGCUUUAAUUAAAGCAUUGAAAUCAUCUCAAACCUAAAAAUUAUGCUAACAGAUUGUGGUGGAAAUGUUCCGUGGACGAAUUUAAAUAAAGCAAAGUUAAACAAUGGUUACAUUCAUUUGCCGUCAUCAAAUAAUCCAGCAGCGACUGAAACAACAUCAAUAAUGGAUUAUGAGUCAUCAUCAGAUGCGGCUUUAUUGGAUCAGCAAGAGCAACCGCCACUCAAUCGUGAUACAUCAAUUCUACUGUUGGAUGUGAACAAUACACAACAGCUGCAACAUUCCAACAUCAUCAGUAAUCCGUCGAACUCGUCAAAUAUCGCCAGUCCUCAACAUGUUGCCUCCCGUAAUUCCAUCUCUUCAUCAGCGUCACCCACAAAUAAAUCACAAGCAGUGGUGGUUGUCACUUUGGGAAAUCCAAAUGCCAUGCAAACCAUAACAACAUUGCAACGUAAUAAUGUGAAAAAUAGCAGUACGAAAAGUAACCGUUCCAAUAGCAAUUUGCCAAUUUCACAUAAUAACAUUAAACAAAGUGAUAACAAAAACAUAUUUAAAGCUCAUAACAAUAAUAGGAAAUAUAAAUUUAAUUUAUUGAAUUUGUCAUCUUCGGGUGGAACGAGAAACUCGAAAAGACAACGACUGCUUAUAUUUGCCAUCUGUCUGAUUAUUGGAAUUGCAAUUGGCGCAUUAAUCGUACAUUUGAGUGGAAUUUAUCACUGCAAUCAAGAUGGAAAAGCCUCAUCGCUUUUAGCUGGAAUGGACGCUACGAAAGAUCCAUGUGAAGACUUUUUCCAAUAUGCAUGUGGAACAUGGAAUAAAAAGCAUGUCAUUCCCGAAGACCGUUCAAGUAUUAGCACAUUCGAAGUUUUAGCCGAUCAGCAACAAGUUAUAUUGAAAGGCGUUCUAGAAGAACCAAUUGAUUACGACAAUAAUGAUAAUGAAGCUACAAUUAAAGCAAAAACAUUUUAUAAAAGCUGCAUGGAUAUUCAACAAAUACGAAAAGUAGGAGAUCAACCAUUGAAGGAUAUUUUGAAAUCACUUGGGGGUUGGCCAGUUAUUGAACCCAACUGGAAGCCACCAAACGUAAGUAUAGAGAUGUUGAUGGGAAAACUCCGGGGGGAAUAUAGUGAACCCGUGCUGUUAGAAAUCUAUGUCGGAGCCGACGAUAAAAACUCUUCAAUUAAUAUCUUGCAAGUGGAUCAGUUAGUCUUGGCAUUGCCUUCAAGAGAUUAUUAUCUUAAAGCCAGCAGUGAAGGUGACCUUAAAGCGUAUCAUCGUUACAUGACACAAACUGCAGUGCUUUUGGGUGGUGUUAAUAAUGAGAGUGCAUCAAAAGAAUUGGAAGAUGUCGUUAAAUUUGAAAUGAAAUUAGCAAAUGCGUCUAUGCCCGAAGUGGAUCGACACGAUACUUCUGCAAUCUACAGAAAAUUGACCCUUGCUGAGCUUCAGAGAGAAGUUCCUGAGCUUAAUUGGCGGGAAUAUCUGCAAGUGACUUUGGGUGACGUUGAGUUGAAGGAUGAUGAAGCGAUUGUAAGUUAUGCGAUGCCGUAUCUUGUAUCAAUGGGAAGAAUUCUCGCUGAGACUGACAAGCGUGUCGUUCACAAUUACAUCGUGUGGAGAUUGGUGAUGUCUAUUAUGACGCAUAUGAUCGAUGACUAUCAGAGAGAACGAGUAGAAUUUCGAAAGAUUCUUCUUGGAAUUCAAUCAGAAAGAAAUCGAUGGUCACAAUGUGUUGAAUGGACGAACAAGAAGCUUGGAAUGGCAGUUGGUGCUCUCUUUAUUCGUGACAAUUUUAAUCAUGAAAGUAAGGAAAUAGCCUUGGAAAUGAUUCAUACAAUUCGAGCAGCAUUCAAUGAGCUCUUGGCUGAUAUUCAUUGGAUGGAUGAUGAAACACGAGCUGUAGCGAAAGAAAAGGCGGAUGCAAUGAACGAGCGAAUCGGAUAUCCGGAGAUUUUAACAAAUCGUACUGAAUUACAGAAGGAAUACGUUAAUAUAAUGUUUCUUCUUAACGAAAAUCAGCUUACCAUCGAGGAGAAUAAUUUUAUGAAAAACAUCUUUUACAUCCUCAAAUGGGAUGCACAAAGGAAUUUGAAUCUUCUGAGAAAACCAGUCGACAAAGAUAAAUGGUCAACAGAGCCAGCAGUUGUUAAUGCAUUCUACAAUCCAAACAAGAAUGACAUCGUUUUCCCUGCUGGGAUCUUACAACCACUGUUUUAUAGUCAGAAUUUUCCGAAGAGCUUAAACUAUGGUGGUAUUGGAGUGGUUAUCGGUCAUGGUAAUGCAAACAUUUCUCUCAUUUUACGAUAUGCGAUUAUUUUAAAAUCCCAUGGCUUUUCAUCACCCUUUUCCGCAGAAAUUACUCAUGGAUUCGAUGAUAAAGGCAGACAAUUCGAUAAAGAAGGAAACAUGAUGCAAUGGUGGAACAAUGCAACCAUCCGAAACUUUCGUGAGCGUGCUCAAUGCAUAAUUGAUCAGUAUUCAAGAUAUCGUAUCGAUGAAGUAGGACUUUACAUGAACGGAAGAAUGACGCAAGGAGAGAAUAUUGCUGAUAAUGGUGGUUUGAAGCAAAGCUUUCGAGCUUAUAAGAAAUGGGUUGCGAUUCAUGGUGAAGAAGCAGCAUUACCUGGUCUCAAUCUUACUCAUGAUCAAUUAUUUUUUCUCAACUAUGCUCAAAUCUGGUGCGGUUCAAUGAGACCAGAAGAUGCACUCACAAAAAUUAGAAGUUCUGUUCAUUCGCCAGGAAUUAUUCGCGUUAUCGGUCCACUCUCUAACUCGAAGGAUUUUGCAAAAGCUUAUAAUUGUCCAGUCGGUUCUCGUAUGAAUCCAACGAGUAAAUGCAGUGUGUGGUAGACAAUUAAAAAAGUUUCAAAUGAAAGCUGAAACUUUUUGCAUGGUUUCAUCAUGAAGCGAAGUCAGAGAACUUUUCAAAGAGCUUAAUUUUCUGUUUGAAGGGAUUUAAGCUUUCAUAAUGAUUGUAAGUUGUAAAAUAUGUAACUUCACGUGUAGUGUAAUUUAUAAAAAAUCCUUUCUAACAUAUAAAUCCAAUUAUUUUUGAUGAAAUGUAGCUAAAGUAAUUUUUUUUGUUUUCUAAAUGUACAAAAUAAUUGAAGGAAAAUAAAAAUUUAUGAUGGAAAUAUUGAGUAAAUAUAAUACAUAAACAUUAAUGUAAAUAUUCUGUUCUUCAUCCAGCAUAUCGCCAAAGCACACCCAUCAUGAUAAACGUUCGAUUAGAAUUUCUACUUAGGUCAUUGACCAACAAAAUUGGAUGAAAAAAAAUUUAAGAUGUACUUACUUAGUCAUAAAAUGAAAACCCACAAGAAAGAAAGAAAUGAAAACGUUUUAUUUAUUUACUUAUAAAAAAUUAUUAUAAAUGUUUGUGUUUUCAAAUCUAUUCAACGUUAUGGAAAAUAUAUGAAUUUAUACAAAAAUUA